GCAGUAGUAGUUGUACGAAUCUACAAAUUACAGUACGACGGACCUUCCUGUUUAGCAGUGAAGCUAAAGCAACUAUACUAUUCCCAAAAUAUACCUCUAUCUCUCUACCCAGAAACAAACUUUAUCCCUUUUUCUAGGUUAUUUUUUUGGGUUAAUUUGAUAAUAGAAGCGAAACCCUAGGUUUUGGAUCGUUGAAAAAUGGCAUCUGGCUCAUCGGGGAGACCAAACAAUGCGGGUUUUAAUUUCGGGUCGGAUGGUAUUUUGUGUUCUUAUGAAGACUAUGCUGCUAAUCAAGACCCAUCUAAUGGAACCCAUUCUGAUCCUGUGAUCGCUCCCAAUUCUGCUAAGGAGUUCCACAAAAGCAGAAUGACAAGGUCAUCAAUGUUUCCUGCUCCAGCAUAUAGUCCACCAGAAGAAUCUUCCUUCAAUCAAGACAUGAUAUCUACUGUUGAGAAGACCAUGAAGAAAUAUGCUGACAAUCUCAUGCGUUUCCUAGAGGGAAUAAGCUCACGCUUGUCGCAGUUGGAAUUAUACUGUUACAAUCUUGAUAAGUCUAUUGGAGAAAUGCGCUCUGAUUUAGUUCGGGAUCAUGGUGAGGCAGAUUCAAAACUGAAGGCUCUUGAGAAGCAUGUGCAAGAGGUCCACCGAUCUGUGCAGAUUCUAAGAGAUAAACAAGAACUUGCUGAAACUCAAAAGGAGCUGGCCAAGCUUCAGCUCGCACAGAAAGACUCAACUUCAUCCAGCAUUUCUCAGCAGAAUGACGAGAAGAAUGCUCAACACCUGUCUGAUGCUAAAAAAAGUGAUAACUCACCUGAAGGGCAUGGACAGCAACUGGCUCUUGCACUACCUCAUCAAGUGGCACCCCAGGCUUCUCUUACUAACCGACCUGUGGAGCAGCCACAACAGCUACCAGUGCAGCCUCCGCAACCAAUUCCAUCCCAAAGUAUGCCCCAGUCACAAGGAUAUUAUUUACCCUCUCCUCAGAUGGUAAAUCAACAAGCUCCAACUCAGUUUCCUCAAGGCCAGUAUUUGUCAUCUGACUCCCAGUAUCGAAAUCCUCAAAUGCAAGUACCACCACAGCCAGCGCCACCUCAGGUGAAUCAGACACCACAAGUCCAGUCAGUGCCCCAAUAUCAGCAGCAGUGGGCCCAACAGGUGCCUCAACAGGUUCAACAUUCACAAAUACCAAGUAUGCAACAGCAAGCUAGACCUACAUCACCUGCUGUUUAUCCCUCUUAUCCGCCCAGUCAGCCUAAUCCUCCUCCUGAGACGGCACCCAAUAGUAUGCCAAUGCAAGUGCCAUUUUCUGGAAUAUCUCAACCAGUUGCUAGCCGUCCCGAAGCAAUGUCUUAUGGGUAUGAUAGGUCUGGCAGGCCCCUUCAGCAACAGCCUGUGGCGCCGCAUCUUAAGCCUUCAUUUGGUGCAGUGGGCGAUGGGUAUGCAGCUAAUGGAGCUCAUCCAACACUU